AUAUAUAUCUAUAUCGACAACAUUAUUAUCGUUAGUAAGAAUAUAGAGGAGUAUCUUAGAUAUAUCGAGAUAUUUCUUAAUAUCCUUAAUAAAGUAUAUAUUUAUAUUUUAGUAGAAAAAUCCUUUAUAACCUACCUAUUAGUAAGACUUCUUAGCUAUAUAGUCAAUAGCGAAGAAGUAGCUAAAAUAGACGAUAAGAUCACUAUAUUUAAGAAACUCAAGUUCUCUAAUACUUUUAACACCUUAGAGUAG